CCCAUUGUUUGAAUUCGGUUGAGCUUUUAAACCUGUCCAUCACUGCCCAGCAAAGCUGCUGAUGCUGCUUUUCUUUCUGAAUGAGGAUUUAGCUUCUCACACACGAAAACUUUCUCCCCAAUCCCGUGUCAAAUACCAGAUAUUAGGAGAGGACUUGUAUCUGGGAAACUCAAACCAACUAUCGCAUCAAGAUCUGACAGAGUUACUGGAUUCAUCAGGACCUGAAUAUCAUCAGCCCUUUGAAUGUGGAAUGUGGAAGGAGAAAUGUUCCUCUGUUCUCUCUGUGGGAAAACUUUUGAAGCAUCAGUGUGACUGGAAAACCAAUGAGACACAGACAACUGAGUGAGAGUGCUCCAGUGAACUGACUGUGAAAAGAGCUUUAACAAGUUAUAUAGUCUGAAACAACAUUACGCCAUUCACAGAGGGGAGAGAUUGUACACAUGUUCUGUGUGAAGACGAGGUUUCAACUGAGCGGUUAACCUGGAAGGACACAAGGACACCUGCAGCAUGGAGAAACUGUACACAUGUGGGGACUGUGGGAAGAGAUUCUGCACCCCAUCUGCGCUGGAAACUCAUCAACGCAUUCACACUGGGGAGAGGCCUUUCACCUGCUCUGAGUGUGGGAAAGCAUUCACUCAGUCAUCCACCCUGCUGAAACACCAGCGAGUUCACUCCGGGGAGAGGCCUUUCGUCUGCUCUGAAUGUGGGAAGGGAUUCUGUAAUUCAUCUCACCUGCUGACACACAAGCGAGUUCACACUGGGGAGAGGCCAUUUAUCUGCUCUGAGUGUGGGAAGGCAUUCACUCAGUCAUCUAACCUGCUGAUGCACCAGCGAGUUCACACCAGGGAGAGGCCAUUUACCUGCUCGGAGUGUGGGAAGGGAUUCAGCGAUUCAUCUGCCCUCCUGACACACCAGCGGGUUCACACCGGGGAGAAGCCCUUCAUCUGCUCUACAUGUGGGAAGGGAUUCCCUCAGUCAUCCAACCUGCUGACACACCAGCGAGUUCACACUGGGGAGAGGCCUUUCAUCUGCUCCGAGUGUGGGAAAGGAUUCACUCAAUUAUCCCACCUGCAGACACACCAACAUGUUCACAAUGGGAAGAGGCCAUUCACCUGCUCUGGAUGUGGGAAAGGAUUCAUUCAGUUAUGCAACCUGGUGAUGCAUCAGCGAGUUCACACCGGGGAGAGACCGUCCAUCUGCUCUGAAUGUGGGAAGGGAUUCAGAGAUUCGUCCACCCUGCUGAGACACCAGCGAAUUCACACUGGUGAGAGGCCAUUCACCUGCUCUAUGUGUGGGAAGGGUUUCAGUCAGUUAUCCAGUCUGCUGAGACACCGUCAAGUUCACAAGUCAAUAUUCAAAUGUUUAAAAGGAUUUGAUAACAUUGGGAGAUUGGUUGAAAUAACAUUUUUUUCUCCCCAACAAUUUAUUGUAAACAAGAACAACAAAAUGGCUGAAAAGUCACAUACACUUGCACUAGCAAAUUGGUUAAUUUUAGUGGUAAAUGUUCACGAUCCGGACCAUUUCCGGAUUCAAAAAAGGCAAAAUGGUGCCUGUUUGAACUCAGCACUGAGUUCAGAUGGCUCUGCUGAGUUCAGAUUCAACUUGGGUGUGAAUCAAGCCCUGCCCCUGUCCCCUACUGGCAAAAAUUGGAUCUGUGAAAAAUGGGAAUUGGACUUCCGCAUCCGGGUCCCACCCACGAUUUUUGAAGGUGUUUAUGAAGCCGCCGCUCCCUCCCGACACCGACUGCCGGCUCCAUUCCUCCCUCCGCUCCAUCGAAUCUCAGCCGCUGAAAACAUCCUCUCCCGCAUUCGCAGGACUCUGAUCAAAGUGACACUGCGCAUGUUCCAGAUACAGUCCAGCACUGCGCCUGCGAUGGCCGCGCCUGCGCCCUGCCGCUUUAAAUAUGGCGACUGCGCAUGCGCCAGGCUGCACAUUAUCCCUAUAAAGAUGGCGGCUGCUAACCCGGAGCUGUCACUGGCAGAAACAUCAACAGUGUCCGGCCUCUCGGUUUGUCGGAUUUUGAACAUGGAAGGAAAAAACACUGUUCACAGUUGGGAGAAACCAUACACGUGCUGUGUGUGUGGACGAGGCUUCAACCGGUCAUCUGACCUGUCGAGACACAAGCGCAGUCACACUGAGGAGAAACCGUGUAAAUGUGGGGACUGUGGGAAAGGGUUCAAUUUUCCAGUUCAGCUGGAAUCACAUCGGCGCAGUCACACCGGGGAGAAGCCGUUCACCUGCUCCGAGUGUGGGAAGGGAUUCACUCUGUCAUGUAACCUGUUGGCUCACCAGCGAGUUCACACUGAUGAGAAACCUUUUAAAUGCCCAGACUGUGGGAAGUGCUAUAAAAGUUCUGGGGAACUGAUGCGCCAUCAACGUAUUCACACUGAUGAGAGGCCAUUCAGGUGCUCUCAGUGCCAUACUGGAUUCAGGCAAUUAUCUGACCUCACUGUACACCAGCGAGUUCACACUGGAGAGAGGCCAUUCACCUGUUCUGAGUGUGGGAAGGGAUUCACUCAGUUAGCCAACCUGCUGACACACCAGCGCAUUCAUACUGGUGAGAGGCCGUUCACCUGCUCCUUGUGCGGAAAGGGAUUCACUACAUUAUCCAACCAGCUGGAGCACCAACGAGUUCACACUGGGGAGAGGCCAUUCACCUGCACCAUAUGUCAGAAGGGGUUUGCUCACUCAUCCACCCUGCUGAGACACCAGCAAGUUCACAAAGAUGCAUGAGAAUGCCACCAUCUUCAAGUUCCCCACCAAGCUACACACCAUCCUGACUUGGAACUACAUCGCUGGUCCUUCACUGUCACUGGAAGAAAAUCCUGGAACCCCUUUCCUAACAGCACAAUGUGUACUUACC